ACUAGCUUUUGGUGUCAUGGUGAAAAGUAUCUUGCAAAGCAUUGUUAGAGUGGUAACAGUGUGGCUUGGGUUGUUGCUAGGUUUUCAGCUGUCCUUCUGCGAGGAUGGUAAGUUUUGAAUUUUUGUGUUCGAUUUACUGUGGUCCAUUUGAGGAGAAUUGUCUUCUGUGGAAUUCCGUUAUCAUUCAUCACAAAAUUGCUAAGCUUGAAAGCCUUCAGCCUGAAGUUAGAGAUAACUUUCUACGAGCAAAGUUCAGUGUUUAACGCUCAUUAUUCUGCACAUUUAAAGGCUUGUAAAAGAAGCUACUAGACUCAAUAUAUAAUCAUGGUUGACAAGACUAGGCAAGUACAUCAGUGGAAAUAGUGGUAGCUGUCAUUUAACUCUUAUACUCAGCGUUAAAAGAUCAAACAUUAAAGUUUAAAGACAACAAUAAUCAAUAGCGACAACCGCACUGAAGAAAAUCUUAAAAAUGUUGAAUUCAAAAAUCUAGUAACAUUCCAAACUCUUUGAAAAGUUGAAGCUAUUAACUUAAUUUUCGCAAGUUAGCGUUUCUGAGCACAAAAUCAUUCUUAUUCCUCUACGACUUUGAAAAUAAAUUAACGAAAAGUUCUGUUAGUAGUUGUUUAACAAACUAGGUUAAAAUUUAACAACUGCGAACCUUCGUAAACGUUUCCCAUGUCACCCAAAAACAAUUUUUGUUAACGGUAAGAAUCAGUUAACAUAUCAAUCUCCGUCAUAAUUAUGUAUUAAAAGUGAAAACGUCCGUCCGUGGCUCGAUAUAUUCUUUUUAUUAACCGGCCGUUUGUAGACUAAACCUAUGGCAAUUGUUGUCAGAAAUUUAUGGAUCCAUAUCCCUAAAGUUGAUUAGACAGUGAUCGGUUGUCGUUUCUUACUCCCAGUUAUAUAAAGCUCCUGAAAUAUGAUCCUCUUCCAUGAGACAGGUCUUUAAUAAAGCAAUUUUACGGGCGAUUACAGGACCGCUACGAACUUAAGUUCGACACUAAUCAAACUGAUUCACAUUAAACCAACGAUCUGACGUAGUCUGAGCUCGUAGAAGCAGUUUUGUCACUCAGGAGGAAACUAGGUCUUCGUCGAUCUUACACGAUAUUUUUUGGGUGAUUUGACUGUUUUUAUUGUUUCGACUCGUUCAUUGGCAAGAUCAUGAUUAAAAUGUCUUUACUCGACUGUUCGUUUAUGGUAAUCGAUUCGUUUCACGACCGGAAAGAUACCAAAUUCAACAGAAGAAGACUUAAUUAAUUCCUGAAAUCAAUUGUUUUAACUAAAUACUGUCGGAAUGUUUUAGUGAAUAGACAGUAGAGUCGCCGUAGCCUAAGGCAAUGCCAACUAGUUGUUCGAUUUUAUACGGCCCAGUUGAUAUUGAUAUUUUAAACUGUUUCUUACUUAAGCCCUGUUCACACUACAACGAAAAAUAGGGUUUGGCGUGAUAUUUAAGUUCAUCAAAAGCAAGAAUUUAUAGCCAUCUAAACACCAACGAAAUACAAAAGAAGACUAAGGAGGACAUCUCCAUAAUUUUAGGUUUGCGUACUAGUUUUUACAACAAGCAGGUUCUAGAAUAAGCAAGCACUUAUAAAAGACCUUUAAUUGCGUUCGAAACUCACGUACAGGAGGUCGAUAGCUUAAACUAGUUAGUUGACGUUAACUAUAUAAAUUAAAAAAUUAUGUUUCUGAUGUGUUGUCUGUAAAAGUUUUGUUAACCUCGUGCUGCUAUGUAAUUAUGAAAACAUAGCCUCGUGCUGUUCGCAUCAGUCUUAAAAUUGAAAACAAAUCUUAAAGAACAAUGAAGACCUGGAAAAAAACUAAAAAUAUGAUUCUUAAGCUUUAAUCACUUAGCUUAUGUUUCGUUUCCACAAAGAAGUUUCGGACCAAACUAGAAAUGAAGAUCUAUCGAUCCUCUAUGUACAUCAAUUUAUUGGGAGGUUCGAUUCUGGGGUUCCUUCGCUGUCGAGUUGUUCACUUGAUGGGGUAAGGAACUUUCACUACGAUAUUCUCUCCCUCCAUCCAGCGAGGUGUAAAUAAGAGCAUCGUCACCGUGCUUUGUUUUAGGACAAAACACUCUUUCUUAAUUGUUGACUAUUAAGUUUACUCGACUUAGAAGCCAGCCAAUUGAUUAGUGAAGUCUUCAAGCCUUAAAGCAGCAAAGAAAUAAGAUUAGGCACGGACAAAUCUGAAAAAGAUGGAAACGGAUUGCUAUCGUGAUUUUUGAAAACUUGUCAGCCUUAAAGUUUUUCAAAGUUCAGUCUUGUUGUUUGUAACUUUGAUAUGAUACUUGAGAUGAAGCAAUUACUUUGUCAUUCACAACUAAUUUCACAGGUUUAAUGCCAAAUAACGGAGCGUUAACAUAGUCCUUUAAUAUGCACUGACACCUUAUCGGUGAAUCGAAGGUAUCGUAUCAAUAUUUUUAAGGCCUGUUUACAAGAGUGCCAAAUAUAAAUUCGAAAAGCUGACGGAUAAAGAUUUUAAAAGAAGAACGACUUGGAUCACAUUUUAUGUGUAGACGACUUUUACCUGUUUCAAAAAAGGCCCAUAGGUUCCUAUAAAUGCUCUUCUUCCGGAACGGAAUUAAUAAACAUUCGAUUUCGUACCAGUACUUUUGUCUCCUUCUCAGCGAGUAAACGCUUGUACUUUUUCCGAUUUGUAGCAUCCUUGUUUUUUCUCUGGUCGCGCAAAUUUAAAAACAAAGUAGUGCAAACAAUCUCGUAUCCUUUCGCCAAAGUUCUUUUUUUGAGUACCGUCCUGGCUGGGAUGCAUUACAAAACAUGAACAGGAAGAAACAGUUAGAUUUCGCCUGGAUUCGGUACUGGCUUGUUUCUACCCAAGCCUUUCUGUCGCUUUUGUCGAUUACACUUGCCUUACCUUUCAGUGGGAGAGAUCUUGGUUUCUUCUUUCAGCAACAACCUUGGAAAAACCCAAUAUGAACACCUAUCCUGCAACAUUCCUUUUUUUCUUUUGUUGUAUAAUAAUAACAACAACAAUUUAACAAUAAUAAUUCUAAGUUUAUUUACCCUCGGCAGUAUUUAUAGCACGUAUGCUAGUGGGGCCGAGAAAAUGACUGAGACAAAAAGUUGAAAUCAAACAAUUAACAGGUUUAAGAAUCCUGCAACUGGCCGGAGGCAAACCAGCUGGCUAUUUACAAGCCUGGUCGAGGAUUUGAACUCGGGACGACUGUGACGGUCAGCCAGCGGUCAGAACUCGGGGAACCCGAGGCCUCCGAAUUGCAAAUCCGGCGUUCUAACCGCUUGGCCACGUUGCCCUCUCCCAUUCUCCUCGCUCUGCGCCCAUUUUUUCCUCUCCUUUUCCUACACUGUUGUGAUUGUGGCGCUUGUAAGACCCAGAACAUUCAGACGAUUUUGCCUCAAUUUGUUCAUUGACAACUGACUGCAAAUGUUUAGUAGCCAGGUUUUGGCAAAUCCAGGCAGUUAUAUCUUUCCGAAAAAUUGUAGGAAUCAAGUCGAUUGGGCGAUUUUGGACUUGAACACGAUCUUUUGGGCCUUUGUGACCUAUUGAAGGGAAAUUAUAGUGAAAAGUUGGACACGUUAAAGUAGUCCUUCUCUGUCCUCUUUAAAAACAGUCGACUAUUUCCAAAGCAGCCUACAUAAAACUUGCUAAGAAUGAAACUAUUGUUUUUCCCCUGAAUUCGCCUCCUUUCUUUCGUUUUCGUUCUGUACUGAGUAGGGCAUAUCGACCACAACAAAUUUUUGUUUUGUCCUAUUUUCAGUCAAAAGGCUGCAUUACUUGGCAAACUAGCUGAUAACAAAAUCGUAAAAUAGUAUUGACUUGAGUACUGCUGCUGUUUUCAGUGGCCUGUUUAAACGGUUGGGUAAGACAUGGAACUUCGUGUUACUACGCGUACAACCACACUACUCAAAAACUUUCGUUUUGGAAAGCAAGACAAUGGUGUCAGAAGCAGAACUAUUCGGACUUGACAAGUGUACUAAGCCAAGAGGAAGAGAAUUUUUUGGAUUACCUCAUCAAUGCAACACACCUUCGUAAAAGCGAAUCAUUUUACAUUGGACUGCGGACGACAAUCAACAACAUUGCCUGGAAGUGGGUGCGCAAAGAACCUUAUAACUACACAAACUGGUUCCAGGGAGAAGAACCACCGCUCCCUGCAAGCGGAGAGCCCCAGAAAUGCGCUUUUUACAAUGACACUCAUCAAUGGAUGGUCGAAACUUGGUGUGGAGUGAAACGACUCUUUAUUUGCAAACAGCAACAGCCACAGCAGCAGCAACAACAACAAACAAACACAGCAACGACAACGACCACAACAACAACAACAACAGGUCAGAGAAUGAAAAAAUAACUUACACAAGUAUUCCAAAUCGAUAGCCCCACCCUUAAGGUUUCUCUUUGAAGAACGAGAGCCGAAGAAAGUCACAUCCCAAUGAGUUUGUGUUCGCAUUUAUAAUCGCAUACUGCCGCCGUUUUCGAAAUAGGUCCAAUGAACGGUGAUGGAUUGAGUGUAAUUUAUGUGACCCAGAAUCUGCUUUAUCUUCUCUUAUACCUCUUAUCUCUCAGAGGAACCUUUGUUCCGUACGUUUGUCUCUUGUACUCCCCUAGGCGCCUCUUUUUUACCAGCCUGCGUGCUCCUCUCUCAAAAAUGAAUGCGUUGACAUUACUUAUACCGUUCAUUGGUUUAAAUAGUUAAUGAUUGACACUCGCUGAUGACUGAAACAUGAUGUCUUGGUGUAGUAGUUUAGUUCGCGAACCACUGGCAGAAUAGAACCUCUGACUAUAGAGUUUUCUUUAUGAAUAGGCCAUUUCCGAGUUCCCCCGAGCCUCUGUAUCAAAACGAAGUUAAGUGCUCAGCCUCUGAUAUGAAAAUGAUUUUUCAUUCUCAUGCAAAUAAAAAUCGUUUUCACAAGAAAGGUUGUGCACUUGGCCCAGUUUCUUUUGAAAGUAAGGGAUUUUGGAACUCGGAAGUGGCCUGUGUACAUAGUACCUUGUAGGACAGGGGACGUAUAGCUCCUUCAUGAGAAAAUGUUUGAUUAUUUUUUCUCUUUUAGCUAAAAUAACUGUCGAGACGAGGCCAGGAACUACCAGUACUAAUAUCAGUCCUUCAACUUCUACCCCUACCAGUCCUACGACAACUUCUAUCCCUAGUCCUACGACGGCUAAGAUAUCGGUGAGUAUCUCGUUAUUUCAAAAUGUUGUUUUCGAUUUUCGCGAAUAUUUUUUGCACUUUUGACAAAAAAGACAGACAAGCGUGUUAGUGUGCCACCCCUUGUCAUGGAACAUAAUAACGAGAAAGUAAGGUUUAUUAAUUAUUUCAAAAUGUAAGAUUUUCGCGAAAAGAAUCUUAGCAUCUUAGACCAAAAAAAGACAAACAACCGUGUUUUGCCUGUCAUUUCUAUCUUUUGCCUUCUAAUCGUGAUUAUCUUUUUUCAUCAUUUCUUUGAAAAAGAUUUUCUCAACUGACGAUCCUACGAACCAAGCGUUCAACAAGCUGAAUGAGCGACUCGCUGCACUUGAGGGGGCAACAUUGAAUGAUUCAUCUGCUGAGCAAUACAUGAAGGUAUGAAGGGUAAAUAUCGCAGCCUCGUUUCCAGGGCCUCUUUCUUAAGUCCUGGGACCGAGAUUGGUAAAGACAACAUUUUGUUUUAAGAUUGACGUUUUCCUUCUACGCCCUGGCACACCAUCUCAUCGAAUAACUCUGUUACUAAAACAAGGUUGCAAGUAGGAAAAACUAAGGAAAGUUUUCACUCCCCGCAUUCUAUAAAGUGAAUGAGAUAUUGAUGAAGAUGAAUAAGAUAUGGUGUAGGGUAAAUGGUUUAUCCGGCAUCCAAAAUAAUAAAAAGCAGGCUCCUUUCUGUAAAAACCUAAUAGUACAGUCUCCAUAGCCAUAAAACUACUUUAAUCUCCCCACUGCUACCUAGGACAUUCAUGUCAUUCUUAGGGAAAGGUCCAUAAGGGACUCGUUUCUUAGUCUUCACCUUCCCAUUAGCGGACAAUUCUUGCAAGAACCACUUGGACAAACAGAAGAGAGGGAAGGCCGGAUCUUGCUGAAGAUCAGGAUCAGCAAUACAAAAUAACACUUAAAACUGAAGGCACGGCUGAUCGGACAGCUAAGGGUUGAUAAUUUACAACUUUAUUUUCUCAAUAUUUCGAUUAGAUAAGACUAGUCUUCAUAAGCAGCUCGCAAAGCUCUUCUGGCCCCUGAUGAAGACUAGUUUUGUCUAGUCGAAACAUUGGGCAAAUAAAUUUGUAAAUUAUCAACCCUUAGCUGUCCGAUCAGCCGUUUCACCUUCCCAUUUUGCCUUGCGUGUCGAUUGUUUGCAUUGGCGUUAUGUUUCGUGAUCUUUACAGAAGAACCUGCUGAAAAGCGUUACGAGCAAGAUACUGUCAUUAAGUGAAAUGAUAUUAUAUUUCUUACUGAUGGCAAUCAUUAACUGACUUAUUAGCUCGUUUCUUAAUCACUCCGUAGAUGAAGCCAUAUAAAUUCGGAAUGUGAAUGGGGGCCUGAAUUUGUCUCGGAAAUUGUGAACUACAAUCUGGGCGUGCACUAAUCUCAAGAGAAACGUCCCUUCAACCCUUUUGGCUAUAAGUGUUGAUAAUAUUUCUGUUUUUAGGAGCUAGGUGAAGAUCUGGACAGCGCACUAGGUUCCUGGUCAACUGGUGGAAAGUCAUUGGUACGUGUUAGCUUUAAGAUGUGAAAUAAUGGAGACCUUCAGAUUCUAGCUAAGAAAAGAAGGACUACGAGAACGAGAUUAUCUUGAUUCUAAAUAAUAUGCGCGCGUGAACCAGCGUAAUUUUGGCGGGAAAACGUGAUAGCCGUCGCAUUCUACCACGGGUUUUAGCAAAAACUGUCGCAGUGACGGUUUUCAAAUGCCAGAGUUCUUUCUUUUUUUGUAAUCGGGAAGGAGCUUAACCUCCUUCAAAAAAGUGCUAACUUUUCUGGUGAAAAAUAGCGCAAUGAAUUUUUUCGGUUUUUUUUUUAGGUUUAAAAACUCUUAGUUAAAUCUCUUCCUCGCGGGCGUCCUCGAAUCUGAGGGUCAAAAGAUCACCUGCCACAAUAACGACAACUUAACUUGACUUCUAACCAAUAAAAGCACGAGUCACUUUUAUUACGAUUUAUUUCCACGAUUUUUAUUUUCUUCGCAUUUCAGUCCCCAGCUGACCUGGGAGAAGCAGUUAAAAUGGGUGAGAAGAUUGGUGAGUUGAUAGUCAGCGGAUUGAAGAGAGGAGGAAAUAUCACGGAGGCAAAGAGCAUUCAAAUAACAACGAACACUCUUGGUGAGUAUUUCACUCCUUACGCACACAGCUGUCAAGGGAUGUUAUAAAAUACAGCCAUACGCGGCUAACGCUAACAAACAACUACCCUUUUAGUCCUCGGGUGCAAGGCAAACCUUGGGAAAGAAGUUUCGAAGCACGCAAGGCACCUUGGGAAGAGCAAGGUAGCGGACACCCCAUCUUCUCAUGGCCAUAUGCAUUCCCGUGUUCCUUUGCGCGUUUACGUGCCUGCGAAGUCCGAGGUAGCAUUUUGGCGGUUUCUUACGGGAGUUUCGACUGUAUUAAAACUUUCGAAGUAGGACAGGUUAUGAAGGGCAAUGCCAAGUCACAAAUCAUUUCCCAUGUCAUCACCCUUUGUUCACCUACCCAUACACGCAUCUCAAGCUUCGAAAUGCCUCAUCCCCUCAUUGAUAGAAGUAGUCAUGACGGCUAAUUGUACUUUGAUGUCGUAGCUAUUGGAAUCGAUGUUGUACCUUCCGCUUCUGCUGAAAAUAGUACGAUGUCUGUGUCUUUCCCACAAGACGACACAGAAACCAACAAAAUCAAGCUGCCUACAUCUUUAAUAUGGAAAGCACAGAGCUCAGGUGAUCAUUGUACACUUAUUUUAUAAAAUACUGAGAGAAGCUGUUUUGGAUUUAUAUUUGUUGCUCCCUUAAGAGUGAGGUCGAUCAAGGAAACCUCACUCACUUACCCCGAAAAGAAAAAUAGGACGUCUCUGCCAGUAGAUUCCAUAUUUCAGAAAGGUGGACAAACGCAACAAUAUUGACCUAAGGAUCACGGUGCAUAAUAAGUUCAGAUUCUAAUAAUGGCGUUAUAAGGAAGACACGGUUCAAAUCGCAGAGGUUCUUGUACUUCAAUCAGUCCCCUGGGUGUGGUCAUCCCUAAGACGUAAUUAGGGCAUAGAGAAAUCCCGCUGAUAUGAUAACGUUCGGUCCAGGAAAGUUUGAUCUUUUUAACAAGGUAUAAGAUCUCGUUUCACAUUACGAUUAUCAAACUAAGCGUCUUUGAACUAUAUGACUGCAAAUACAAGAAAAAAUAUUCCAGAAGAAAUCUAAUCAUUCAAAUCAUUAUUGCCCUUUUUAUGAAAUACAUAGAUGUGUUAAGUCUUGUUUAACUUGAUAUUUGUUUGUUGUUUUAGAUGGAGUUUCCGUUACCCAUGUUCUUCUUCCCACUGUCAGCGCAACAGCGGAUCCUCAAACCAAACGGUGCGCAAACAAAAUCAUUUUUGUUUUGUCUACAGUUUGAGCUCUGCCCACGUGUGUGUGUGUGUGUGUGGAUGCUCCUCUUUUCAAAUGAGAGGGGUGUACUUUGAAACGCAUCAGGCGGGAAAAUGUGAGGAUUAAUUGGUACUGUUAAAAUUUCAAAUGAACGUCAUUACAAGAGGUAUUGCAGUAACAGUUAAGGACCUCCAAAGGUUAAAGUUUCUUAAACUACUACUCGCGACUUAGUGGCAAGUCUUCUCCAAAGGGUAUCCAAAAAAUAACAGGUACUACUUGAUUUUUCGACACCUCUCUCUCAAAAUAUUUUAAAUCUAAACCACACACACACAAUAUCUAAUAAUGAAUAGCGCAGUUUCUCGCGGUGGACAUAACAUUGUCAUAAAUAUUUUUUUGUCCCUAUUUAACAGAGUAUUGAUCUCAGGGAUUAUUGCAAGCACUAUUUUGUUCAGUAAUGGAAGCAAGUUCGACAAUUUGAGCGAGCCUGUAAUCAUCAGACUCUCAGCAGAUAAUAAGGUAAACAACCACUUCUAGUAGCAACAUUAAAGACAGGUAUCUUAAAGAUGGAUAAUUUACUGACUCGAAGAAAGAAGGCCCUGACUAGGUUAACUAAUGAUGGCCUACUAAUUUGGGGGCACUUUGACAUGAAGAUGAAAAAGGUUUAAGAGAAUAGUAAGAGCGGCAAUCUUAGGGCGUUGGUCGGGAUACAUGAAUUUUACCAAAGUUAUUUUUAGACAAAGUCUACUUCCUGAUACUUCCGCACAUUUUGAUCGAUUGUUUGAAACGCCGUCAAGUCCACGCGCGACUGCCUCAAAGCAAGCAAUGCAGAAUAUUGUAAUGAAGACUACUGAAUUCUCUCUUGACAACACUGAAUAAAAGUUUCUCUCCUCCCACCUACUCUGGUGGCGAUUGACGUCGCGUACCCUCAAAAAUCGGCAUGCCUAUUGUCCUUAUGUAACCCUCCCUCCCCCUUCGGGUUCUGUUAAAAGCGAGAGUUUUUGGUACUGUUGCUGCUGCCUUUGUUGCUUUGUUUGAAGCUAAAGACACCAAAAGUGAAACCCAUUGUUUUAAUUAGGCUGAUGCUGACUCUCAGAGGGUCUGUGCGUUUCUGGAUACAACUAAUAAGUAAGUGUUGCUUGUUAACUAAAAUCGUCUUUAUGAAAUGAAAGCGUUCACCCACUUCAGUCAUUGUUACAGUUCUUCCAUACUUGUCAACACGUGAAAAAACUACACAAUACAAAAAGAUUAUCCCACAUUUUUGACAAGGAAAUGCGACCACUCAGGACACAACGGAAGUCGGAGAGUGGUGCUAACUUACUAUUUUUUCUUGUUUUCACAGAUCAGAUGGUAGAAUUUUUUUUUUGGAAAUCACCAGUUUUUUUCAGGAGCACAUAGUAAAUACCGUUCUUUUCCUCUGUUUUUGACAGUUCCUGGUCCUCUUCAGGAUGUGUUGUUUAUCGCCAGGACCUUACCUAUACUGAGUGUCACUGUUAUCACAUGACUAGUUAUGCCGUUCUUAUGGAUGUACACGGAGCAUUUGUAAGUUUGAAUUUACAUGUAUUUCUCUAUUAGGGUGUAUGUCCCGAGAGGCGGAGACGGGGGGUACUUAGCAGUUUGGGGGUUGGGAUGUUUAGCUGGUACCCCGGAAACCUUAGCCUAUACCAAACCUAGUACAUCUGAAAUUUGCUUCCCUACACUAUAGACUAAACUCCUAAUGGCCCGCUUAUCCUAGAGGCGCUAUUUUCCAUCUAUCAACGCUUUCUUUGCUAUGAGUUACAGGUAAAUUUAAAUUUGCGAUUUCAUUUUUGUAAGGGGCAAUGUUCGGUUUUCCUAGCUUAGAUUAAAAACUUCAACCAACCGAUCAGUUUCCUGCAAGAUAAUACCCUAUUCUAGACCCAAACUCUCUUGAUUUGAAUGUAUUUGUAACAGCGAGAGUUUAUUGGCUUUUUACAAAUAUUUCUAGAUAUUGAGCUUGAUGAAAUAUUUAGCUCGUCCUCCUGAAAAGGGUUACAGUACCAGGCUGUCAGAUUGAAAAGAUUUAAUCGCUGAAGAAAAAAGCUAUCCCCGAAACUUCUAUCUCACUUUACCGCAGUAACCUGGGGCAUUUUAAAAAAUUGAGGGGCGCACAGUAAACCCCACAUUUUGUUCUUUGUCUCUUUUGUUGGUCUCCGCAGGAAUCUGAUGCCAUUUCCGAGAAGGAUAAGUUUGUUUUAUCCACUGUCUCGAUUGUCGGAUGUCUGAUAGCAUUCGUUUGCUACAUCAUUCUGCUUUGUACAUUUUACUUUCUCAGGUAAUAAAAACUGGCGUUAAUUUAUUAACACAAAUGAUCAGGUCCCCACAACCUUUCCGUGAUAUCUUGCUUACCAGAACUUUCCUGUUUAUCGAGCGCUCAAAUCAGCGGCGAAGCCGCGAGGAAAAUGGGGCUGGGCUUCGCGGUUCGUUCGCGCGUGCUUUCGUAAGGUUUUUUCCCCGUUCGUCAAACAAACCGCCUGUUACGCAGGCUAUUUCCGUUACACCCUGAUUAUUCCAGUUGAUAACGCAUGCAAUGCCAGGACAGAGGACUAGAAUGUUACAAUUAAAUUAUGAUGCCAUCUGGUAGAUACCCGUUAUUGUAAAAAUGCAUAAUUACUGUUAAGGUGAUUCCCUGGUUUUGCACUGCGCAUCUCUUACUGCGCAUAACAAGAUGGCCUCCGUAAAAGAGAGCAUGUGAAGUAACAUUAUUAAAAUGAAGUUGACUGAAGAGAAAUGCUAUUGCAUUUUUUGCUUGCGGUUGUUUCUUGCCGAGGUGAGACUCAAUUUGGUGGGAAUGUGCAUAACGUAAGCAGUACGCGUGUUGCUGAGUUCGACUUCCUCACGGAGAACCUCGAUGGUGGAUGUUUAAUUUGUGCUUAUUCACUUUGGUUUUCAUUUAAACGCUUUCUUUAUCACACUGUGUCCUAAAUGUGGUAUCUCGAUGUAAAUUCUGUCAAAACAGAUUUUUUAAUACUUUCUUCCCCCUUUCGCAUACAUUCUAUUUUGAAACUCGCCCCAGUCCUCUCUCAAAAAUCAAGGAAAAUGCAUUUGGUGCGCACUUUCUGUAGCUCUACCGCAAAAACGAGUACGGUGACCCCCAUUUUUUAUUUCAUGAUUUUAAUAAGGAGAGUGCUUCCUUUUGGUUAGAAAAAAAUUGGCACAAAUCUAUGUUCAGUUUUUUGGCAAUUUUACUAAAUUGUACGGAUUGAGCUAUCACGGGUCGAAUAGCGCGUGUCCAAUUUAAUUCUACUUUGGAGCGUAAAGAAAAAACAAGAGCAUUACAAGGCAUUUUUCUGGUACGUAAGUGGAUAAACAAUACAUUAAAGUCAAAUUCUGUGCGAUACCACAUGCAGCAUUGAAAAAAUCUUUCCUUUUUGUCUAGUUUUGGGCUGCGCGCGGUUUUUGUCAAAGGGUCCAAAAUAGCCGUAUUUGUCAGCAUUGUGACGUCAAAACGAGUACGGUGACCCCCACUUUUUAUUACCUUUUUAUCAUCUUCUUGACUUGUUACAUCGGUGUACCAAGUUUCAUCUACAAUCUAUGUUAGGUUCUUUUACUAGGGAAUCACCUUAAGUAAAAACAAACUGGUAAUAGAUGAUAUUGGUCAAUUUUUCACACACAGGAGACGGACAGAAACCACGUCUAUCCAUAUGCAUCUCGCUGUAGCUGAGGCUUUGGCCAUUUUUUUCUUUCUUAUUGCCUACGCUGCCAAUGGUAUCAAGGUAUGAACACGCUUCUUCACUUUGACCUUCAUCAUUCAAUAACAUGUAGUUCCCUAAGGUGAUAGCUAUAGCUGUGGAUAUUCUAACAGUGGUGCGACUGGCCACAACAUACAACCGGCCGCAUUUUUUCUAAAAUAACGGGAACUACAGCUUGAACUACUCCCAAGGGGGAAUUAGGGUGUUUUGUUGAAAAGGGGUGAAAUUGAUAAUACCACCCAAAUGUGGAAAGGGUAUACAGAUAAACCAGUCAGUCCACUAAUGGGCUAAGGAGCACCUUGAAAAAGUAGACUACGAGCAGUCUCUCUUUUUUCUUGGUCCGUCGAGCAAAACGCGCGAGCGGCUUCACCGCUCGACGCCUGCGUGCACGUGCACUCCCCUCACUAAAUCUGAAGGAAAAAUAGAGACUGCUCGCAGUCUUUUGAAAAAGUAGCGUAUUAUCUUUUCUUUGUCUACUUUAAAAUUGUUCACCUCACAUUUUAAUUUAUAACUUUCCUAGCCUGCGAGUAAGCUCUCCCGGAGCGCUCGGGCGGCCGGGCGAAAAAGGAGGGACCUAACCCUAACCUCUUCCCUCCCCCACCCCCGGUACCCCCGAGAACCCCGGGACAGCUUGCUUGCAGGCUAUAUCUUUCCCUCCUGCCAUCACCUAAUUAUUUUAAACCUACCCGCCUGCCAUUUGUUAUUCACCAGUUAAAAACACUCUUAUGAUUAUCCAAAAUUUUGCUUAAUGUUUGUCCCAUUUUAAGUGUCAAGAGCACGUACCUAACUUAGGAUGCAUUUCUAAAACGUCCCGUUGUAACGUCCGCGCCCGAAAGGUUAUUUAAUGCAUGCAGUGAUUGACAUUAAAGAUUGUAAGCAACGCCAUAAACAUAAGUCAAUGGAAUAUAUUGGUCUAUUUUAUGGGCUAGACCCGCCUUAGUGUUAAAGUUUGUUUAAAACAUGGCCCCGAGUCUAGUAAGUGGACGAAAUGUUUGAGAAACAGCCCUCUGGACGAAAUGCUAGUAAGUCACGAACUCGCGCAUGCGCAAAAUCUUGUCAUAGUCUUGUCAUAAUCGCGAGAAGAUUGCCCUUGUCGUUCAAGAUAAUCGCUAUGGCUGUCGUUUCUUUAAAAUACACGCUUCCUCAAAGAUUUUUGCGCUCAUUACACUAGAACUUUAUAUAGGCCUUUCCGGCUCUAGGUAUAGCCACACGUAGACUAGUUUUGAAGGCCGACGUGCCAAUUUUAUGAAAGCACGUACCUACUCGAAGUUCACUUCUUUGUUAGUUGUUAUAGCAACGUGAAAAAUUUAUUCUUAAUUAUGGAAAUCUUUGACAAUUGUUGACAAUUUUAGUCAAUAUUCUAUCCCUUGUGGUCCUUUUGUCAUUAUUGCAUGGAGACCAAGGGUGAUGUUACUUCUCCAAAUGUUUUAACAGGGGGUUUGUUUUGCCGUCGCCGUCUUGCUGUUUUAUUUUCAACUGGCAUCUUUUUGUUGGAUGUUGGUGGAGGGCAUUAAUCUAUUACGUGGAUUGGUGAAAGUCUUUCGAGUUACCAGCCGGUUAAAAACUUACUACCUCUUCGCUUGGGGUGAGUCUCAUUCUUUUACUUUUUCUGCUCCCGAUUGGUAGCUGACCUCUCCCAUGUAUAAGGGAAUUCGAAUUCCGGAAUCAAGGAAAUGUUUGCUUGUGAAAUCCGGAAUCCGGGGAAAUUUUUUUCGCGGAAUCUUCUGAUACUGGGCUUUGGAAUCCGAAAUACAGUUCAAAGAAUCUGGAAUCCCUCAGACGAUUAGAAUCCACAAUCCGCACUCAAAAUCCAAUACAGAGAAACCCAGUAAAUACGGACCUAAGGUUGCCAUAGAAAGUGUUCGUAUUAACGGUGUAUCUGGAUUAAGCAGGUUGAAUUUAAAGAAAAUUUAAGGGCUUUUUUCCUCCAGGACAAAGCAAACUGUCCGUAAUGCAGUCAACUCUCGCCUUGCGGACACCCUGCUUUGACAAACACUCCGAUUAUAAGGACAGCAGCUUGAUCCCAAGCAAAAAUAAUUUACAGACGUUUGACAAGGAAAACUCCCGCUAUUACGGACUCUUGCUCUUGAGGACACUAACUAAAGGUCCCUACAGUGUCCGAUAUAAAGGGAGUUGACGUAAUGAGGUGUCCGUAAAGCGGGAUUUGACUGUACCUGGAAUCAGGAAUCCCCGAAUCCAAUAGUGUAUUGUAUUUCCCUUGAGGGGGCGACUAACCUCUCACUUUUAGCCUGUGUACAGCCGGCCGCCUCUUCCCUGGUUCUCUUUGACGGGCUGGGCUGGUUGUACACAGACUACUCACUGUUAACAAUCUUGACGACGCCUCAUAAUCGAGUUGAUUUACUGACCGGAUGACUCAGACUACCCCGCAGACUCCCAAGUAUAUUGCGCCACAGGGGGCAGAGGAGCUGUGUUUAACACAAUUUUCGCACGUUUCAAACGUAACUGAUCAUGUCUUUUUCCUUCCGACAACAUCACCCUUCGAGUGGCAAUCGUUCCUACCCAGACAACCACUUUCGGCGCCAUCUGACCAUAAUCCGGCCUGACUUGAAAGACGAUGGCAUGAGAUUAUGAUCAGUCACGUUUGUCUGAACGACUACAGUCGCACGUCUCAAUGUCAAACGCAACUUCUCUGCCCACCUGUUUUCGGUCUGUCCGGAGAAUGGGGUUGUAUAAUUGACGGACACUGAGAUUGAGAAAUCAGACGGACCGACAGGUCUGCAGGGUUACCACUUCAUUGAUGAAUCUUUUACUGACAAACUGAUACAGACCAAGUAACCGCAAUCUCGGAAGUGUGUUUUUGAGGUUGUCUCGCCUCACGUAAGUAAAUAUCCGCUUUGCGGAAACUGGUUUUUUUUUGCUUGAAAGUCAAGGCUUUGGAAUCCGGAAUUUAGCUUGAGGAUUCCGGAAUACGGCUAGGGAUUGAAAUCAGGGAUCCAAGUUCUAAUUACAAAGAAUCCGCGAUCCGAAUUGUAAAAUUGUAAUUUGUCUACCCACGGAGCACUUAGGAGUUCAUGAGAACUCGCUUAAACGUGUCCGUGUGUUCCAGAUCAAAUUGGAAUUUGAAAGUGUUGGUUUUUAAGGAGAGGGGAAAACCGGAGUACCCGGAGAAAAACCUCUCCGAGUAAGGGAGAGAACCAACAACGUGGUGUCCGUGUGUUCCAGAUCAAAUUGGAAUUUGAAAGUGUUGGUUUUUACGGAGAGGGGGAAACCGGAGUACCCGGAGAAAAACCUCUCCGAGCAAGGGAGAGAACCAACAACAAACUCAACCCACAUAUGGCGUCGAGGCCAGGAUUCGAACCCGGGCCACUUUGGUGGGAGGCGAGAGCUCUCACCACUGCGCCACCCUUGCUCUGUAAGGAAUCUGGAAUCCAAGACUGUCUUGGAUUAUCUUCCACGGGGCGAGUUGUCUCUUAUUGUCGUGUAUUGUGUGUAAGGGAUCCUUACCCGCCCGGGUUGGGUGUGAAGUAACCUUUGGAUCAGUCACUGUGGGCUGGUCAGUGAGUAGCAAUGGAGUGUAGGAGAUCAAAUUGACACUAGAAGCCUCCUUAUUUACUCAGCGAAUACAGCUGUUUCUCCUCGUUCCUCGCCGAUUUGAGACGUUUUGUGGGAGAGACGGCUAUAUAUUCGGGCUACCUCCUGAUUUGAUUGUAUAAACGACUCAUGCUUUGAUAUCUUUUUAGGGCUUCCAGUGAUUGUUGUGGCAGUGAUAUCAAGUAUUUUUCGCCAUCAGUUCCUCCGAGAGAAUUUGUAAGUUAAAUUCAUUCGUUCACUUUAAUUUGAUAGUACAGUGGAAGUUCGGCUCUUAAGUGCACUUCCUUGUCCUUGACUGGAGCUGACCUCUUAAGGGAAUGAUGAAAAACACACAGUUUGUAUGGGAGUUGAGUUAAACGGCCUAUUGUGAAGGUGGCCGUAAGUAGAGCAGUCCGCUAACUGUCCGUUACGAGAGCUUCCACUGUACAAUUUUUCUAUGUAACAGCAGAUCACGUUGUCCCGCCAAAAUGACCCUGGCUUACGCGCGCGCAUUACUUUGUAUUGAGAAAAUCUCGUACUCGUAGUGGUCUUCGUCCUCGAAUCUAAAGCUCUCUAUUGAAUGAGGCUGAGUGCGAUGUGAAGAAUUAUGCAGAUCGAGGAGACUGUUAUUCACCGAGGCGAUGAUCUAUUGCCCAUGUAGCGUCGUUUCCAGGCAAAUUAAUGGUAUAUUGUGAGAAUCUUCCAAAUUUGGUCAACGCUAGUUGGUUAUGAAGAAUUAGCCGGGGCCUUUGAACCAAUCAAAAACGGCGAAAUCUUUUGAAUGAAUAAUAAGAGGGGUAGAUAAGUUCUUAUAAGACAUAUAAUUUCCAUUCAAUUCACAGUUGCUGGCUUUCUCAUGGAUUAAUCUGGGCGUUUGCUGGACCUGUGGCGGGCGUUCUUGCGGUGAGUAGUAAGUUUAACCCAAAGAAGUACAACUUUUAACCGUUAGGGAUAAAACUGGAAAAUCAUAAACUACUCUAGUAUACAAAAAGGAAUUAAAACUCAAUUGAAACAUUUAAGUCGGUCGCACUUAGGGUUUUCGUCUAGGUAUCGUUACUGGCAAUGAUUGUGUGCUGUAUUAUCCUUUGUGCACAGUACGAGAGUCUCUAGUUAUUUUACUUUGCUGUUGUAGUCGUUCUCCCAAACAGCUACUGCUGAAAACAGCAGCAUAUGAUUCAUAAUAAAGUUUUCUUGAAAAUCAAUAUGAAAGCUAACUCGUAAACUCAACCGUUUUCCUGAAAACGUUGCAUUUCCAAGUACAGUGUUGACUAUUUCUGACCUACUUUCUUUGUAGCUCUAUACCUACUUUUGUUAACGAGCUUUCAAAUUUACCGUUAUGUGGUCGCAAAAAUUCCCGGAUGUAUCGCGCAAUUCUGGGUGACGUACACGUUUGCUCAAGUAAAAAUCUCUCUACAACGCUACGAUUUCCAAAUUCGCAUCGCCUGGACGCUAAGGCCUGAUUAGCUAAACUGCAUAAAAAAAGCCAUGCUACAUCAAUCCGCCACUUAAGAAACGAGACGGAGCUGGAGUCGAAAUGUGCCCCGCAAUUGUUUCUGGGAUCGUUACUGGGGUCGCACUGGUCAGCUAUUAGGGAGCUUAAGCAACAACGUUUUUGAGCGACGCACGUCAACCGGAAGUGGCCUUUUUUCAUUUUUUGACGGUGGUUUCGCGCAAAUUUUCAGUCAAAUCGCCUCUAUAACAGUAAAGAAGCUAAGGAAUACAAAUUUUAUAUCAUCAAGGCAUGUUAAGAGGGAAAAUACCUCACUUCCGGUUGACGUGCGUCGCUCAAAAACGUCGCUGCUUAAGCUCCCUAUUGUUCAAUUUUUUCCCCCCUAUCCCUUAGUGACAGUCUUUGCUAAAGUUUACUCGGACCAAUUUCCUUCUCGCGUCUCUAAACUGGCGAAUGGUCGCCGAACUUCAACAUUGUAAUCAUUUAUGUGUAUUCAAUCCACAUGCAGGUGAACUUAGUCGUUCUCGUGAUGGCAAUAAGGAUUGUUGUACGGAGGGCUCGUUACAAAGCUAAACCGAACCAAAAAAAUACAGCAUCAAGCUUUCAAGUUGAAAUAAGGUAGGCAUUUAUGUUUAGCCCCCAGUGGUUUCUGCUUAUUUUUGACGGAUCUGUUGAAAACGAUAUAUUUAAUAUGAAGCCAAGUUAAGUUUUGUUAAGUGCAAGGGACUGCGAGGGAUAAUGCAGGGGUUUUAGAGGCUAAGAAAGUAUUCUUUUUUUCCACCGACCAGACUGACCACUUCCAUGGGUCUCCGAGGAUGGGUCAUAUGCGGCUAUCACUUUUUUUUUAACUUCACAACCGGCCUUCUUUACUUAUUAUAAUCUUAAAUAUCCUAGCCUGAGAAAACAGACGACGUUUUGCAACGCAACCAACGGUUUCUCCGCGAAAUGACGUCUGAGAAACGAGCACAGAAAUUCCAUACUGAUGACGUGUCAUUACCCAGAUCAGGGUAGUGCUUCUGAUUGGUUGAAGCAAACUUCCCACGCCUUGUGACCAUUCAGAAACACUACCCAGAUCUGGGUAGUGACGAAUCAUUAAUAUGGAAUUUCUGCGCUCGUCUCUCAGACGUCAUUUUGGGGAGGAACCGUUGGUGGCGUCGCAAAAUGUCGUCCGUUUUCUCAGGCUAUAAAUGUCCUAGUGUUAUUAUACCUGCUUUCUUCAUAUUCGCCUGGAUCGUCUAGCCCUCUAUCUCCCGAGUUGUCUAAAAAUGUGUUCCCAGUCCAGCUCCUUACCCUUUUAUACCAAUUUUGACCGAGGAGGUUCCCCUUUCGUAUAGCUGCUAUUGACAGAUUGACAAAUGGUAACUUUUUCACACACCUUAUUUAGACCUUUGCAUCCCUUUUAACUGCUGUAAAUGCACUGGCUUUAAAAUAUACAAAAAGCCCAAAACCAGAACUUUUUCUGGACUUUUCACAGACCGAAAUGACACACUUUCCUACCCUUUCAUAUACCUCAAUUAGCAAGAGAGAAUAUUUACCCUUUCAUAUACCUAAGGCUGAAAUAGGUUCCCCCUUUCGGGUGAAGCCUCCACGUAUAGGUCAUUUUUGGGGGUACCCCCCUGGGAUGUGUUCAGGCGAUAAAGACAGUCAAUCAUGGAAACAACUGUCAGUUCCUAUCGUCCCAUAAAUUUACGACAAUCGGGAAAAUCAUAUGGAAACAAGGCUUUUUCAUUAGAGUCGAACGUAAGAACUCGCGUGCUUUUCAAGCAUCUUUUGUCCUGUCAGGAGCCUAUUAAAAGGCUCCUGGUCCUGUCCAAUCCCUCUGCUACUUAACAAUCUGAAGGAUAAGUUGAUCAGUGGAAGUUUAUUGUGAUCUAUCCUCAGGGCGGCGUUUAAGACAGCGGUGAUUCUAAUGCCUUUGUUAGGUGUGACUUGGCUUCUCGGAUUUAUAUCUAUUCAUGAGAAGUCGCCGGUGUUUCAGUAUCUCUUUGCUGUUAUUAACUCUAUGCAGGUAAGCUUUAUGUUAUAAUUCGCCGUUUAAGAAAUGAAAAGGAAAAUGGCGGGAAAAAAAAUUGACCAAUAGCUGACCGGCGCGUCCCCAGCAACGAUCCUAGAAACAAUUGCAGAAUGCAUUUCGGCUUCUGUUCCCUUUUAGUUAGUAUGAAACCAGAGUAGAGGGUGGGAGCUCGGGCAGGGAGAUUGAACAAGUCAAUUGACCGACUCAAAUUAACACAAAUUUCCUCCCAAAUGCCUGUUUCUCGUAAGUGCCUAAAUUGGUGCUCAGAUUUCCCCCUCUAUGAAACAGUUCACUGAUCUCGUAGACCUUAAUUUUUAGUGUCUGGUUAUCCUUUUUUGGCGUAUCUCACUAUUUGCAGUGUUCAUCGUCUUUUUGUUUUGUACUUUACUUUCUUUCUUAUUUUUUUUCACAGGGAGUGUAUUUCUUGAUCGCCCAAUACUUCUUUGACGAUGAUGUGAGUACAUAUGGGUAGUCACGAUAAAUGUAAAGUGACUAUAGCUAAUACCAGCUGUUCCAAAAACAAACCGAAAUAUUGUUAGAAUGUCCAUGGUAUACCUCUUCCGUAACAUCGUCGGGAUCACGGUCCCUUGCACUUCGUCACCGGUCACUCGUGUUUUGUGCUCGCCUCUAACUGUGCGAAAAACGAAGCGCUUAAGUAGGAGGCAGGUGCUUACCAUUAUGGGCGGUCAUGGUUUCAAAUGUACCGAGUCUAGCCUGGGGAAGAGUAUGAAUCUACUUUGGGGGACCUCCCCUGGGUACAGUUGAAACCAAAAUGGCUGCCCGUAACGGUAAGCGCAAAAUAGGGGACUACUCGAUCAUCCUUAAUAACGACCUUGGUUAUGCAUGUCAUUAGCAAUAGAGGCAUUUUAGAUUUUAGCUUAAUUUGAAUCACACUUUUAAUUCCGUCGGCGAUGCCAGAGGCCAUUUUCUUGUAGAUUAUCAACUUGACUUUGUUAUAGGAUGCUGGGCAAUUAACAACUCCUAUCUUUUUUCAGAUCAAACGAAACGCACACCGUGCAUCUAACCGAAUGAAAAGAUUGUUCAGCUUGUCUUCAACAAAGUCCACCCGCUCCAGCUCUUCCUCUGAACGCAGAAGGUCUAAAUCUCUCAGUGACAAAAGACCUGCCUUGACAAUGAGACCUAGUUUAGUAUCUCCUCAACAAAGCAUUCAUAAGAAAGAAACCAAGGAUGAAAACGCGCGUGCUUGUAAACCCAGUUUGACUGAUGACGAACGGAACAACAACAGCAACGGGAAUUAUCUAUGCAAGAGGAAAAGUAUAACCUUUCAACAGCCAAUUACUGCAGAUCAAGAAGACGGUGAAGGCAAGAUUGAGUCUCCUCGACUCAACGGAGGAGUCCAGCAGAAAAGUGAAAAAAAGUGUUCGGAUUUUACCCCGCUAAGUACUACAGACAAAAAGGAGGAAAGUGAAAAGGACAUGAUUGGCUGCCAGCAAAGUUCAGCAGAUGAGUAUGUACUGGGCAACGACGAGACCGCUAGCGAAACUAAGCAAAACACAACAGAACUCCCAAUUAGUGGACAUGAGCAACGUGUAAAAAUAAUUGAGGUGACACCGUUUAAAUCUCCCCGCUUCAUCGUAAAUCAAGAAAAGGACUCACACGAAAUUCCUGACAAACAGCAAGGCAACCAGAAAAACGUGGUUUCUUGUACAGGCGAUAAACAGUCAUGGAGCGGUGGUGAUGACUUAGAAUCUAAGUACACUGCAGCAAACGAAGACAAAAACUGUUCCACUGAAAACGUGGACUCUCAGCAAGAAAAACAAACAAAUCAACAACAUUACGAUCAUAUUCACCACCAAAAUGACAGAGACCAAACGAAGCUAGAGACUGAGUGGCUUUCCUCCGGACUACCAAGCCUCUGCGCAUCAAACAACUCUAAAGCUCUCAACGAAAACUUAAGUGACACCCGAUUUUAGAUUAAUCAUCUCAAGGGGAUAUUCCAAACAUCGAGCAAUGACAGUGUGAUAGACCCACAACUGACUUGUUCACCGGUUACUUUUCCAAACCAAGGUCAUAUGAAUUAUUCUGUACAAAGAACUGUAAAUAACUUGAGAUCAAUACGAGAAGAAGUAUGGCAGCAAACUUCGAAUAUCCCAUCUUGAGACCAACUUUUGAAAGCCGCCAGCUCUAUGCCAAAGCAUUCUUUGUAGUUAACGACAACUUUUGACAUCAAACUGGAGGGAACUUUGAUUGUGAGCUAGAUGAAAGGCGACUACUACAUUUGACAGUGCCGCAUGAACAGACUCCAACCAAUUGCUCGUACCAAUAUAUCCUCUUAUUCUCCUCAGGGCACGAACACUCAAUUUAAAUAGCUUCGGUGUAGAGCUACUCUUGGGCUAGAAAGUCUGCGUAGCUGGUGGCAUUUGUUCGGAGUCACUCCGUGAUUCAUUUUACAGGUGCUUUUGUUGAAGAAUGGCAUAAAUUCCUCGCAGCGGCACUGCGUCUAAAAAGCGCUCCCGAUCUUUGAUCCUGCCAGCCACGACACAGGCCAAAGGUUAGGUAGAACUACAUCUGUAGUUUCGUCUCAUGAGCCGAGCUUACUUUAAACGAAAUACUUCUUCAGACCAAGGCAAUUUAUCAGUGGAAGGUUGAUAUAGGGAGAACUUUUGUGGUACAUAUAGUCAACCACACAAUUUGAGUUCCCCGAAAAAACUGGUAAUGGUCGAACCUAGCUGUCAAGAACGGCCAACUGGGGGCAGAAGAGACGUUUUGGAGGGAUUAAAACAAUUUUGAAUGUAUCCACGGGGUUGAAAGAAGUAGAGAAGUGGCAUUCAAAGGCAGUUUCGACUGUGUUACUGUGAAAUACAAGAGAGCCAGAACAAGUGCGUCACUCCUGAACGUAAUUCUUGAUUUUGUAUCAGUUAGCAUGUUAAUCUGCAAAAUUAAGUUGACGUUCAGUAACAAUACACUGGUGAUUAAGAUCUCAGUGUCUCUAGAUUUUAGUCACUCUUGUGAGAGUUCAUUAAAACAUAUGGUUCUCAUAUGCCGCCAAAGCAUCGGCGACCGCCGGUACUGCCUGGGAUACCGUGUUCCGAUAUGGUCAUUUUAGUCUUUACCGCCGGCAUGCCUGCGAAGUUGACUCGAGUUCAACUUCGCAGGCAUGCCGGCGGUAAAGCUCUGCGAUGGCUCUAGUUACCGGCAGCGCAUGUUCUCAUUCGUCCGAGAAGUAACCCAGGCGGUACCGGCGGCUACGCCGCAGACACAUCGGUGGCAUAUGAGAACCAGGCUUAACCCGUACAGCUGGGAAAGGCUAUGCGGUGUGACCACAACCCAUUUUUUUCCAGUUAACUGCAACAUAUAAGUAAAGCUUCACGAUAGCUGGCAAGGAUCACAGAGAAGAAUCCUGCGAGUUCUAAAAACAUGAAAAUCUGAGGGCGAUGUUAUCGCUCCAGGAAACCAUACUUAAGGGUAAAAAGAUCUGGGCCCCGGUUGUUGAAACAUUGGAUAGCGCUAGUGUUAAUGAUCAAGCUCAACGUUAAUACAAUUUACUUCCUUGAAACGAAAAUAUGAUAAUUUCUUAUGAAAACUUGAUUCUUUGUAGUAAAACCUC